CUCCGCAGAGCGGCGGGUCCACGGAUGAGGGGAGUCGAGUCUCCCGCGCCCCACCACCCUUGCAGGAGUUGCGGCUAAGGCGCUUGUUCCAAGCCCUGGCUGCCAAUAAAGUUCGUUAAAAAAAUCAUAGUCAUUCUUAAAAGAGCGAAGGAGGGGCGCGAGCCAGCCGGGCGGCCCCGCCGGGGGAGCUGGCGCCCUGGGAGGAGGAGGUGGCGGCGGCGGCGGCGGCGGCGGUUGCGCCGCGACCAGGAGGAGCCGGUCGCGCCGGGCGGCUGGUCCGCGGCGGGCGGGGAACGUGGUCCAUUAGAUGGAUGUGCCACUGUUUGUUUAUACAUCCACCCACUGAAGACUUUUGGAGUGUUUCCAGUUCUUGGUGAUUAUGAAUAGAGCUGCUAUAAACAUUCGUGUACGGGUUUUUGUGUGAACAGAAGUUUUCAUUUCUGUAAGAUUUGAGAAGAUCUGAUCACCUGGAGUUAAAGUUGGUUCAAAAACCUUUACAACUGCAAAAAUGUUGGAGGAAGAUAUGGAAGUGGCCAUCAAGAUGGUGGUUGUAGGGAACGGAGCAGUUGGAAAAUCAAGUAUGAUUCAGCGAUAUUGCAAAGGAAUUUUUACAAAAGACUACAAGAAAACCAUUGGAGUUGAUUUUUUGGAGCGACAAAUCCAAGUUAAUGAUGAAGAUGUCAGACUAAUGUUGUGGGAUACAGCAGGUCAAGAGGAAUUUGAUGCAAUAACAAAGGCCUACUAUCGAGGAGCCCAGGCUUGUGUGCUUGUAUUUUCUACCACAGACAGGGAAUCUUUUGAAGCAGUUUCCAGUUGGAGAGAGAAAGUAGUAGCUGAAGUUGGAGAUAUACCAACUGUACUUGUGCAAAACAAGAUUGAUCUCUUGGAUGAUUCUUGUAUAAAGAAUGAGGAAGCUGAGGCGCUGGCAAAAAAGUUAAAGCUAAGAUUCUACAGAACAUCCGUGAAAGAAGAUCUAAAUGUGACUGAAGUUUUUAAAUAUUUGGCUGAAAAAUAUCUUCAAAAACUCAAACAGCAAAUAGCUGAGGAUCCAGAAUUAAUGCAUUCAAGUAGUAACAAAAUUGGUGUCUUUAAUACAUCUACUGGAAGUCACUCGGGUCAAAAUUCAAGUACCCUUAAUGGUGGAGAUGUCAUCAAUCUUAGACCCAACAAACAGAGGACCAAGAAAAACAGAAAUCCUUUUAGCAGCUGUAGCAUACCCUAAAACAUUCUAGGGAGGAAAAAAAUUGAAUUAUAUUGUGUAAUUCAGUAAGAAAUACAUCCAGCUGUCAUGGUAUGUUACAAGUUUUUUUUUUUUUUUAGCAGACUUUGCACCUAAUGGCUCUGUGAAAGUUAACAGACUUAAAUAUUGUUCUGCAGUGCUUUUCAGAUGGAGUGGGAUUUUUGGUGGAAAAAUUACUGCCUUGUGGACUCAUUUUAAUUUUCUUAUAUCAGACGAAGCUUCUCCUGUUUUUGAAGGAACGCUACAAGAAAUGUCAAAAACAGGUUUUGCUGAAUUUUUAAGUGCUGGAAAACAUAAGUGGAAUGCCUGAAUAUAUUGGUACAGAUUUUAAUAUUGGUCCAGGAAAGAUAGCAAGCAUUGUAUUUCUGAAAUUGGUCAUAUAGCUUUUCUGGAAAGUAGUAUUGAAUCCAAAUACAUACAAAAAAAUAAUAUUGAAAGAUAAACCCUAAGUCUUGCCAGACUGCAUGAGUGUGUAUUUUGGCAAUGUUACUUGUGCAAUAUCUGUAUGAUGUAGAAUGUGGAGGUACGCAUGCAGAUAUCUGGUACUGAAGUAUACUGAAGGUACAUUCAGUAUUUAAGGAAACAUACAAUCUAAUUCAUUCAUUCAUGAAGUCAUUUACACAUUGUGUGUAUGUAAAAAGUUUUUAUUUUCAAACAAGGGAAUUCCAGACAUAUAUUUUGCAAAAUGAGCUCAGAUUUUAAAAGUGCUUUGUGCCAAAAAUAUCAUACCUAAUUUUUACAGUGCUUUACUAUCAGAAUUUAUAUUGUUUAUAAUAUCUUUUAAAAGCAGUUUUCCUCUCUUGACAGGGUAGAUAAAAGAGGAGUAUCAAUGUUUUAAUGCUAGAGUAUCUCCCAGGUGAGACUUUUGUGGAAUCUUUCUCCUGUGUGCAUCCAUGAGCACGGGGAGCUUGUGCUGGCCGAGCCCUGCCGAGGGCCCAGCACCCCUGCGGUUAGUCUGUGGGCCUGUGAAAGGCGGUGGUGCAUCUGGCACUUUUUGCUGCUGACUGAAAAUGCAAUUUUGAACUGAUAAGAUUAUGCUAACCAUUUUUUUAAAUGCAGAAGAGACGAUCUUUUGGCUUCAUCUGCAUUACGGAUUUUGUAAUGUCCUGCAACUCUAAAGCAUCUUUGCGUUUACACAUUUUUGUAUGGUAUUUUAGGAUUAUCACUUAAAAAUUUCUAUAAACUUCAGUUUGUAUAGCACUCUCUCAAGAGCUCUGUCAGCACCAAAUGCGAAAUAGUUUCUUUUAAGAACUGAUUUUCAUAUGUAAUCAUGUGGCAGAGCAUAAAUUUUGUGACUUGGGACAGUAGCUUUCCAACUAAGAUAAUAAUUGCAUGACUCCUGUUAAAAAGUGAUUAGCAUUCAUCAGUGACUUUGUGUUUAACCCCUUGCUAUAUUCCUGGUUUUUACAGGAUUUCAAGACACGUGAAAAUAACUUUUCUUGGGAAAUGUGUCAUAAAAGUUGUUUUUCAUUAUUUGUACUAAAGGCAUAAUGUUGUGUAUAUUUCCUCUGUAUGUUUUCUCUCUCUUUUUAAGUCUUCUGUCUGCACUGUCCUCAUCCCUCUGUCCAGAUUAAUGUUGAGAAGAUAAUAGAAUUUUCUGGGGCAUGUCCUUGCUAAAUGGUCAAGAGUGAAUGUUUGCUCUUCAUAAUAUUGAAAUAAUCUGGCAUUAUCUAUUUUAAAGUAAUAUAAAAUGUUAAUUUUUAUGUCACCAGUUGUCUCCACUCCCAUUGCUGGCAGUGGGAUAGGUGUUGGCGGGGUGGGGACUCCAUUCUUAACAAUGGGUACUAGUUAAUGACGCCUCUUUCCUUUUCUACUCUGUUCAAAUACAGUCUCUUUAAAUUUCGCACAAAACAUAUUUCACAGCAAAUAGUUUUGUGGCCUUUAGUAGCCAAAAAAAAAAAAAAUCAUGUUACGUAAUAUGUUGUAGUUCUAUUUCAUAUUAAUUAAAUGUGUGUGGGUAAGAGAUUGCUACUUUUCUAUAUAAAAAGAUAAUCACUGUUGAUGGCUGAAGUUUCCUGAUAUUUGUGAUAUAAUUUUAUGUAUUUAGUUUUGUCCUUUUUUCUUUUUAUGGGAACUGAAGAGAGAUCUUUUGUUACACAUUUGAAUUUCUAUUUGCAUUUGUGUAUUUUAAACCUAACCUUAAUUGGUCAUUUUAAAUAACUAAGUAGAUCUAGAAGUCGGUCAUAGUGAUAUGUUAAAUCCUUUCUCAGUUUAAUUCUAAAACCUCCAAAAUUGACAUUAAAUCCCCUCCGGACCCUUAAUUCUUUUAAAUAACUUUACUGUUAAUUUGUAAUGAAUAAUGGAUACUAAAGAAAACAUUGUGUAAGACUCUG